ACUGUGGGAGCACAUCCAAAGACGAUGGUCCACUGUGCGGGCUGCGAGAGGCCUAUAUUGGACAGGUUUCUCCUUAAUGUUCUGGACAGAGCAUGGCACAUCAAGUGCGUACAGUGCUGCGAGUGCAAAUGUAACCUAACAGAGAAAUGCUUCUCUCGAGAAGGAAAACUAUAUUGCAAAAACGACUUCUUUAGGCGCUUUGGAACAAAAUGUGCGGGUUGUGCUCAGGGGAUCUCGCCGAAUGACUUGGUCCGGAGGGCACGGAGCAAAGUGUUUCAUCUGAACUGCUUCACAUGCAUGAUGUGUAACAAGCAGCUUUCCACAGGAGAGGAAUUGUACAUCAUAGACGAAAAUAAAUUUGUCUGUAAAGACGAUUAUUUAAGCAACACGAACGGAAAAGACUCAAAUCUCCUAUCAGUUACAGCUUGCAGUGAUCCUAGUUUAUCGCCAGAUUCUCAAGACCAGCUACAGGACGAUGUCAAGGAUGCGGAAAUCGCAAAUUUAUCGGACAAAGAAACGGGUAACAAUGAAAAUGAUGACCAGAACCUUGGAGGCAAACGGAGAGGACCGCGUACCACUAUUAAAGCAAAGCAACUGGAGACACUGAAAGCGGCAUUCGCGGCGACCCCCAAACCAACCAGACACAUCAGGGAGCAACUGGCGCAAGAGACGGGACUCAACAUGCGAGUUAUUCAGGUAUGGUUUCAGAACCGGCGGUCCAAAGAGCGGCGUAUGAAACAGCUGAGCGCGCUCGGCGCCAGGAGACACGCGUUCUUCCGGAGUCCGAGAAGAAUGCGAACGCUCGUGGACAGACUCGAGCCUGGAGAAUUAAUUCCAAACGGCCCGUUUUCAUACUAUGGAGAUUAUCAAAGCGAGUACUACGGCCCAGGAGGGAAUUACGACUUCUUUCCCCAAGGCCCUCCAUCCUCACAGGCCCAGACUCCUGUAGACCUCCCUUUUGUUCCCUCAUCAGGACCCACCGGUACCCCACUUGGGGGCAUGGACCAUCCCAUCCCCGGUCACCAUCCGUCCAGUGAAGUACAACGCUUUUCAGACAUCAUGUCUCACCACCCGGGAGACUCGCCUAGUCCUGAACCCGGCAUCCCUGGACCCCUGCACAGUAUGUCCUCAGAUGUUUUCGGGCCCAGUCCGUCCUUUACGUCCCUCUCGCUGAAUGGCAGCGGAUACAGCAACCACCUCUCCCAUCCUCCGUCAGAAAUGAACGAGGGCACAGUCUGGUAGCUGCUGUGAAUGGACAUUCCGUUGGAGGAGGGAGGGUGGGAACGGGGAAACACUGACCGGCCGCACAUUCUGGUUCUCAUUUUUGUCUCUUUUUUCACCCCCCAUGUCAUAAAUGUGUUUGGAGAGAGCAGUAGAGGGCAGCAUGGGCAUUGACAUUCACCUUCUUGAACUUGUUGUGUUGAUGGUCCGUUUUUUUUUCGUUCCUUCUUUGUCCCAAAUCCGAACUCAAGAAGAGAUACUGUUGACCCGGUCGCUGUAUGAACUCCGCUACGAGGCGUCCCUCCACAAAUCGGUUUAAUCGGCGCUCUAAAAACAGCGAUUGCGACACAUUAACAGCGUCAGCUACCGUCAAAGACUUGUCAGCUUUACAGAGAAACACCCGAGGCGGCUGAUCUAACGCUAACCUGCAAUGUUGACUCCAGGAGAGAUCUAAGCCGUCAGACUAAUUUAUUUAUUUGAAAACUCCUCAGACCUCCUUGCCUUUCAAGGCUCUGCCAUACUGACACUUAAACAACCUUUUCGACACUAAAUACGUUUCUGAAGGCCAGGGAGAAAAGCUUUUCUUUUUCUCGUUCUGGACAUAUCCUGUUUUUUUUUUUUUUUCAAUUAGUUUUUUUCUUUCCCAAGAAUUCCACCAAAUCUGAAGAAGUUAGCCUUCAAAAGGCGAAACAUUCAAUGCGUAUGGAUUGUGCACCCUUUAUUUAAUGGAAGAGAACUUGAAAUGUUGAUAAAUGAAGUCUACCUUCUAAAAUUAUUUUAACCAAGGGUCUGAAAGGGACAUAGAACAGUCAACUGUUUACGUAAUAUAUUUAAUUCAGGAGUUAAAAAGUAUCAACCAUGAUUUAGAACCUCUUGAUUCAGAAAAAAAUGUUCCAAGCAACCAACCAAACUUUUGUAUCGAUUUUAUUUAUAUUGUACGAUGAAAAUGAGUUUGCUGGGGUUGUGGUUCACUGUGCUAGUUUGUACAAAAUGUUGUUUACAAAAAAAAACUUGGAAAAAA